AGUGUCGCCGGCUCACUCGCAUCCUCCCCAACAGACCCAAAGAAGCUUAAACAGAGUUAAGAUGGCGGCAUGUGGAUGAGAAGGUUGUACAUUUCAGCUCUUCGGCGAAGAAAACACACGUUCUCAAACCUAACCCGAGAAGACAAGAGAAAAGCCCCCCGCGAAAUCAUUUCCCCGGCACCGAGCCCAUGACGUCCAUUCACUUCGUGGUUCACCCGUUACCCGGGACCGAAGACCAGCUUAAUGACAGGCUCCGUGAAGUGUCGGAAAAGCUCAACAAAUACAACUGUAACAGUCAUCCACACCUUAUUCCAUUGGAGCAGGCCAAACUUAAGCAGUGUGUGGUUGGACCAAAUCAUGCUGGAUUUCUCCUUGAGGAUGGACGUAUCUGCAGGAUAAGCUUUGCUGUCCAGCCCGACCGACUGGAGCUCGGCAAGCCCGAUGGCAAUGAUGGUUCAAAGUUGAGCAGUGUCUCAGGGGCAGGAAGGAGCUCCAGGCCAGGCAGGACUAGUGAUCCGCCCUGGUUCCUGUCUGGUUCUGACACACUGGGCAGACUGGCAGGCAACACCCUUGGGAGCCGCUGGAGUUCAGGAGUAAAUGGUGGCAGCAGUGGAGGUGGAGGCAGCAGUGGCGGAGGCGCAGGAGGAGGCAGCGGGAGUGGAGGGGGUGCUGGAGGAGGCGCUGGAGGAGGAGGAUCUUCAGGCCGGUCCUCCACAGCAGCCCGUGAUUCACGCAGACAGACCCGCGUGAUCCGCACUGGCAGAGAUCGAGGCUCCGGCCUGCUGGGCAGUCAGCCACAGCCCGUAAUUCCAGCCUCCGUCAUCCCAGAGGAGCUCAUCUCUCAGGCCCAGGUGGUUCUUCAGGGAAAGUCCAGGAGUGUCAUCAUUCGAGAGCUGCAGCGCACAAACCUUGAUGUGAACUUGGCUGUAAACAACCUGCUGAGCAGAGAUGACGAGGAUGGAGAUGACGGAGACGACACGGCCAGCGAGUCCUACUUACCUGGAGAAGACUUGAUGUCACUGCUAGACGCGGACAUUCACUCCGCACACCCCAGCGUGAUCAUUGACGCGGAUGCCAUGUUCUCUGAGGACAUCAGCUACUUCGGCUACCCCUCUUUUCGACGCUCUUCCUUGUCUCGGCUCGGCUCUUCACGAGUUCUCCUUCUCCCCCUAGAGCGAGACUCUGAAUUGCUCCGCGAGCGGGAGUCGGUCCUGAGGCUGCGCGAGAGGAGGUGGCUGGAUGGAGCCUCCUUCGAUGCGGAGCGUGGCUCCACCAGCCGUGAGGGAGAGCCCAGCCUUGACAAGAAGACCGUGCCGCUGCAGAGCCCCGUCACUCUGGGCGAAGAGCUCCAGUGGUGGCCUGAUAAGGACUAUGUAACAAAGUUUGUCAGCGUUGGGGCUUUGUACUCUGAGAUGGUUGCCGUCAGUACCAAAGGUGAACUGUACCAGUGGAAGUGGAAUGAGCCCGAACCUUACAGAAACGCACAAAAUCCUUCUAUACAUCACCCUCGUGUCCUUUUCCUGGGCUUGACUAAUGAAAAGAUCACCCACCUGUCUGCCAACAGUAUCCGAGCCACUGUGGCCACCGAAAGCAACAAGGUGGCGACAUGGGUGGAUGAAACUCUGAGCACUGUUGCUGCUAAACUGGAACAUGGCGCACAAAUGUUCCCGGAGCUGCAGGGAGAGCGUAUCAUCUCUCUGCACUGCUGUGCCCUGUACACCUGCGCCCAGCUGGAGAGCAGCCUUUACUGGUGGGGUGUUGUGCCUUUUAGUCAGCGGAAAAAGAUGCUUGAGAAGGCCAGAGCCAAGAACAAGAAGCCAAAGUCCAGUGCAGGCAUCUCUUCUAUACCCAACAUCACAGUAGGAACUCAGGUGUGCCUGAGGAAUAACCCUCUAUAUCACGCUGGAGCCGUGGCCUUCUCCGUAAACGCCGGGAUCCCUAAAGUGGGAGUUCUGCUGGAGUCCGUGUGGAACAUGAAUGACAGCUGCCGCUUCCAGCUCCGCUCGCCCGAGAGCCUGAAGAACAUGGAGAAGAACACCAAGACACAGGAGACCAAGACGGAGAGCAAGCCAGAGCUGGUGAAGACGGAAAUGGGCCCUCCUCCCUCGCCAGCGUCCACAUGCAGUGACACUUCCUCCAUCGCCAGCAGCGCUUCUCUGCCCUACAAGCGUAGGCGCUCAACGCCGGCUCCAAAGGAGGAGGAGAAAGUCAAUGAAGAGCAGUGGCCUCUACGAGAGGUCGUUUUCGUGGAGGACGUUAAAAACGUCCCCGUGGGAAAGGUGCUAAAAGUCGAUGGUGCAUAUGUUGCUGUGAAAUUUCCAGGGACGUCGAGCAGCGUGAGCAGCCAGAGCGCAGCUCCCACUGACUCUGACCCUUCCUCACUGCUGCAAGACUGUCGCCUGCUCAGAAUAGAUGAGCUACAGUUUCAGAAGCAGACGCUGAUGCAGCACGUGCUGCGCUGUGAUUACGAGGCGUGCAGGCAGUACCUGAUCAGUCUGGAGCAGGCCAUGCUUCUGGAGCAGAACCCUCACGCUCUGGACGCUCUGCUGGGUCACCGCUGCGACGGCAACCGCAACAUCCUCCACGCCUGUGUCUCCGUCUGCUUCCCUGUCAGCAACAAGGAAACCAAGGAGGAGGAAGAAGCAGAGCGGUCUGAAAGGAACACGUUCGCUGAGAGGCUGUCCGCUGUCGAAGCCAUCGCCAAUGCCAUUUCAGUGGUGUCCAGCAACAGCUCGGGGAACCGCACCGGAUCAUCCGGCAGCCGGGGCUUGCGCUUGAGAGAGAUGAUGAGGCGCUCCCUCCGCGCUGCAGGUUUGGGCCGCCACGAAUCCGGCCCUUCCUCCAGCGACCACCAAGACCCCGUUUCACCCCCUAUUGCUCCUCCCAGCUGGGUACCAGACCCUCCACCGAUGGAUCCUGAUGGUGACAUUGAUUUCAUCUUGGCCCCUGCAGUGGGCUCCCUUACCACUGCCUCCACAGGCACCAGCCAGGGUCCCAGCACUUCCACCAUCCCAGGACCUUCAUCUGAACCAUCAGUAGUGGAAUCUAAAGACCGGAAGGCAAACGCACACCUGAUACUGAAGCUAAUGUGUGACAGCGUCGUCCUGCGACCUCACUUGAGAGAGCUGCUUUCUGCCAAGGAUGCUCGUGGGAUGACUCCAUUCAUGUUGGCGGUGAGCGGGAGAGCUUACCCAGCAGCCAUUACUGUUUUAGAAGCAGCACAGAAAAUAGCCAAAGGUGAUCUGGGUCUCGGAGAGAAAGAGGAUGCAGCGUCUGUGUUCAUGGAGAUGAUCUGUCCUUCAGGAACAAACCCAGAUGACUCUCCCCUCUACGUCCUGUGCUGUAACGACACCUGCAGCUUCACCUGGACUGGAGCUGAACACAUCAACCAGGACAUCUUUGAGUGCAGAACUUGCGGCCUGCUGGAGUCUCUGUGCUGCUGCACUGAAUGCGCCAGAGUUUGUCACAAGGGUCACGACUGCAAACUGAAGAGAACGUCUCCCACCGCAUACUGUGACUGCUGGGAGAAGUGUAAAUGCAAGACCCUCAUCGCGGGCCAGAAAGCAGCUCGUUUGGAUCUGCUCUACAGGCUGCUGACCACCACUAAUCUAGUUACCACUCCUAACAGCAGGGGAGAGCACAUCUUGCUGUUCCUGGUGCAGACUGUUGCAAGGCAGAGCGUGGAGCAUUGCCAGUAUCGACCACCUCGGAUACGAGAGGACAGGAACCGGAAGGCAGCCAGCGCUGAAGACUCAGAUAUGCCGGAUCAUGACCUGGAGCCUCCUCGCUUCGCGCAGCUGGCUCUAGAGCGCGUGUUGCAGGACUGGAACGCGCUGAAGUCCAUGAUAAUGUUCGGCUCUCAGGAAAACAAAGACCCACUAAGUGCCAGCAGCAAAAUCGCUCACCUUUUGCCAGAAGAGCAGAUGUACCUGAACCAGCAGAGCGGCACCAUCAGACUGGACUGUUUCACACACUGCCUCAUCGUCAAGUGUGCACCAGACAUCACUUUACCUGCAGGUGCCAGCAGCGUUCCUGCUUUCUUCUCCGAGGACGACUCUCAGUCGAAUGACUCCAGUGACUCGGACAGCAGCAGCAGUCAGAGUGACGAUGUGGAUCAGGAGACUUUCCUGUUGGACGAGCCUCUAGAGAGAACCACGGGCUCAGCACACGCCAACAGUGCGGCCCAGGCGCCGCGCUCCAUGCAGUGGGCUGUUCGCACUACACCCAGCCAGCGCUCCGCCGGCGGCGUCCCAUCCAGCUCAUCCACACCUGCUGCGAGCUCCACGGGCCUCAUCUACAUCGAUCCUUCAAACCUGCGACGGAGCAGCGCCAUCAGCACGAGCGCUGCAGCCGCCGCAGCAGCCCUGGAGGCCAGUAACUCCAGCAGCUACCUGACGUCUGCCAGCAGCCUGGCUCGAGCCUACAGCAUCGUCAUCCGGCAGAUCUCCGACCUCAUGAGCCUCAUACCCAAAUACAACCACCUGGUCUACUCGCAGUACCCCGCUGCCGUCAAACUCACCUAUCAGGACGCGGUUAAUCUGCAGAACUUUGUGGAGGAUAAGUUGAUCCCCACCUGGAACUGGAUGGUGUCCAUCAUGGAUUCCACUGAAGCGCAGCUGCGAUACGGCUCCGCUCUGUCAUCAGCCGGGGAUCCUGGUCACCCCAGUCACCCGCUGCACGCUUCACAGCACGCAGGCCGCAGGGAGCGCAUGACCGCUCGAGAGGAAGCCAGUCUCCGCACCCUUGAAGGUCGAAGGCGCGCCGCUACACUUUUGACGGCUCGUCAGGGGAUGAUGUCGGCUCGAGGAGACUUCCUGAACUACGCUCUGUCUCUAAUGCGUUCUCAUAACGACGAGCAUUCAGACGUUCUGCCUGUGCUGGACGUGUGUUCGCUCAAACACGUGGCGUACGUCUUCCAGGCCCUCAUCUACUGGAUUAAAGCCAUGAAUCUGCAGACGACACUCGACACCACUCAGAUUGACAGGAAGCGGAAUCGUGAGCUGCUGGAGCUCGGCCUGGACAAUGAGGACUCUGAGCACGAGAACGACGAGGACACCAAUCAGAGCUCCACCCUGCAGGACAAGGACGAGGAGUCGGUCCCUGCUGAGACCGGACAGCACCAUCCGUUUUUCCGCCGCUCGGACUCCAUGACCUUCCUGGGAUGUAUCCCUCCCAACCCUUUCGAAGUGCCCCUCGCUGAGGCCAUUCCUCUGGCUGACCAGCCGCAUCUCCUGCAGCCCAAUGCCAGAAAGGAGGACUUGUUUGGAAGACCAAGUCAGGGUCUGUAUUCAUCUUCGUACAUGGCCAGUAAAGGCCUCACAGAUCUGACUGUGGACAUGAAUUGCUUGCAGAUUCUACCCACAAAGAUGUCGUAUUCGGCGAACAUGAAGAACGUGAUGAGUAUGGAGUCUCGGCAGAGGGGUGGCGAGGAGCAGCCGGCUGCGGAGGAUAUGGAUGCAUCCAAACCAGGCCCUUCGCCUCACGAUCUGGCGGCCCAGUUAAAGAGCAGCCUGCUCGCAGAGAUAGGUUUGACAGAGAGUGACGGCCCGCCGCUUCCCACAUUUAUUCCACACUGCAGCUUUAUGGGGAUGGUGAUCUCUCACGACAUGCUGCUGGGCCGCUGGCGGCUUUCUCUGGAGCUGUUCGGCCGAGUCUUCAUGGAGGACGUGGGAGCAGAACCGGGAUCUAUCCUGACUGAACUGGGAGGUUUCGAGGUGAAGGAGUCCAAGUUCCGGCGUGAGAUGGAGAAGCUGAGGAACCUGCAGUCACGUGAUCUGGCCCUGGAGGUGGACCGCGACCGAGAGCAGCUCAUCCAGCAGACCAUGCGCCAGAUCAACGCUCACUUCGGCCGCCGCUGCACCACUACACCUAUGGCGGUGCACCGCGUGAAAGUGACUUUCAAGGAUGAACCUGGAGAGGGCAGCGGAGUGGCCCGGAGCUUUUACACGGCUAUCGCACAGGCCUUCCUCUCCAAUGACAAGCUGCCCAAUCUGGACUGUGUACAGAGUGUUAGCAAGGGAAUGCAGGCUAGCAAUCUUAUGCAGCGGCUGAGGAACCGAGACCGUGAGCGUGAGAGGAGGAGCGGAGGACUGAGAGCUGCAUCCAGACGAGACCGUGAUAGGGACUCGAGGAGACAGCUGUCGAUCGACACACGGCCGUUCAGACCUGCAUCAGAAGGGAACCCCAGCGAUGAACCGGAGCCGCUGCCAGCUCACAGACAAGCUCUAGGAGAGAGACUGUACCCACGAGUGCACGCCAUGCAGCCGGCUUUUGCCAGUAAAAUCACAGGGAUGCUGCUGGAGCUCUCUCCCGCUCAGCUGCUGCUGCUCCUGGCCAGUGAGGACUCGCUCAGAGCCCGUGUGGAGGAGGCCAUGGAGCUCCUCAUAACUCACGGAAGGGAAAAUGGCGCUGACAGUAUACUGGACCUCGGCCUCCUUGACACUCCUGAGAAAGCACAGCAGGAGAACCGAAAGAGGCACGGUUCGACCCGCAGUGUGGUUGACAUGGAGCUGGACGAUCCUGAUGACGGGGACGAUAACGCUCCUCUGUUUUACCAACCCGGCAAGAGGGGCUUCUACUCGCCCCGUCCAGGCAAGAACACAGAGGCCAGGCUCAACUGCUUCCGAAACAUCGGCAGGAUACUUGGCUUAUGUCUGUUACAGAAUGAACUUUGCCCCAUCACCCUCAAUAGACACGUCAUCAAGGUGUUGCUCGGCAGGAAGGUCAACUGGCACGACUUCGCGUUCUUCGACCCGGUGAUGUACGAGAGCUUGCGACAGCUGAUUCGUCACUCUCAAACCGAGGAGGCGGAGGCUGUGUUUGCGGCGAUGGACCUCGCCUUCGCUAUCGACCUCUGCAAGGAGGAAGGCUCUGGACAGGUGGAGCUCCUGGCUGGCGGGGUCAACAUGCCCGUGACGCCUCUGAACGUGUACGAGUACGUGAGGAGAUACGCGGAGCACCGGAUGCUGGUGGUGGCAGAACAGCCUCUGCAUGCCAUGCGGAAGGGUCUUCUGGAUGUGCUUCCAAAGAACGCUCUGGAGGACUUGACGGCUGAGGACUUCAGACUGCUGGUCAACGGCUGUGGAGAAGUUAAUGUCCAGAUGCUCAUCAGUUUCACCUCUUUCAAUGAUGAGUCAGGUACAUUAUUGGAUCUCAAGAUGCCCUUUUUCAUAAGAUCUUAUAUUCAAAUCAUUCUGAACUCGUCACAGUUUAGAAUCUUUAUUCCAUUUGUGACAAUUAAGACAUUGUUUAAUUUUUUCAAAAUUCCAGUUAUGGCAGAGAACAUCUGCAGAAACAGCUGGUGGCUUCAUUCAAUCAAUUCCAAUGAAGCCACCAGCUGA